AUGACAUUCAAAUUUUCCCCUGGAUGUUAUUCUUCACUAACUUUUUUAUUCUUCGCUGACUUUAUUCUUGUUUUUGUUGGCCAGGACACGGAACUACAGACUACCACGGAAAAGAAAAAUGCAAAAAAGGAGCAAAAAAGGAAGAAAAGAAGAAAUAGAAUUCUUCCAAUAACUCUUAUCUCAUAUUUAAAUAUCUACUAGGGAGGGCGCUGGUAUGAAUGAGACCGCCCACAGCUUCUUGAAAGUCGAGAUUAACCAUGACAUUGAUGCCUUACAAUGAAUUGCAAAAUCAAACUAAUCAAAAUUUUUCUAAGUUGAGAAUAAUAUGAGCCCGACUGAAGAGAUUGUUCAUCUAAGGAUUUUGAACACCUAGUACUUCAUAGUUUUCUUUGUGAACGGAUCCUUGAAAAUAGAAGUACUACUUCUAUCUUUUCAGGUGGAAUUGAAAAAGUGACGACGAGCUUUAGCAGAUUCGAAUCGCAUGACUUGCAACUUAAAACUAUUUUUUCUUACUCUUGGUGAUUUUUUUUCUAGGUCUAGAAGAUCAUAGGUACUACCACGACAAGAACAUCAAGAAUUAUGACGAACAUCAAGAAUUAUGACUCAUGAAGGAAACCCGGGCUCCGUUGGCUGCAGAUGCAAGCGAUAUCGAUGACCUUUGAAGAAGACACGUAGAGGAGUAAAAUAUGUAAGGGCCACUAAAGUAAUCGCGCUGGAUUCACCUGCAUCCUGGAACAGAAUAAAGAAACAAGCACUGUGUGCAUUAUCUUCAACGUAUAUCAUGCGUAUUUUUAGGUGGAACUACACAGACACCUCAUCCACCUAAAAUAGAAGGUGAAUGUGCUACUUCUGCUGCACAUAUUAACCUGCUCUCGUCUCAUUCUGCUUCUUAUUCCGUCAUCCUAUAAUAGGUGUUGUACUACACACCUCCCUGGUGCUGGAGAUAUCUGAGUAGGAGAAGAUUCGAACAAGCAGCAACAUCAAAGACACUAUGAACUACAAUCUUGUUUUUACACGAUCUCUCUGCUGCUC